CGCUUAUUCCUGAAUUUAUAUUUGAAUUAUUUUUAGUCGCCUCUGAAAACUACAUCGCGAAUGUUAUAUAGUUAAUAUUGACACUUUAUAUUUAAAAAAAAAGUUAUACAUUUUGGUUAUUAUGAUCAAAAUAAUAAUCAUUUGCCUAAUGAUUUCAAUGAUCAAUAGUCAUCAAUGUGUAUUCAAUGAAUAUGAUUUAAAAAUAUUAGAAAAAGCACUUCACGAAUCGGCACAAUAUAUGAGUAAGGAAGUGAAAAAUGAACAUGUGGCAAUUUGCAUUGGUGCAACAAGAGCUGGAAAAAGUACAUUAAUUAAUUAUUUAAUUGGCAAUAAAUUAAAAGCUGUACGAUUAUCUCGAGUUCAACCAAUUACAAUAAUAAAAGUUGAUGAACAAUCAAUAGGACCGGAAAUAGGUAGUGGAUCAACAUCAAAAACAACAAUACCAACAAAAUGGAUAUCAAAAAAUUUACCCGAUUUAGCACUUUGGGAUGCUCCUGGUUUUGAUGAUAAUAGAGGUGCAAUACAAGACAUUACCAAUGCAUUUUAUCUCUAUCAAUUGGUGCAAAAUGUAAAAUCAUUGAAAAUUGUUUUAGCUGUUGAUAUUAAUGAUAUUUUACACGAUAAUAUAAAACCAUUUUUAACUGUUUUAAAAGCAAUUGAAAAUUUAUUGGGAAAUAGAAUGAAAUCUUAUUUUUCAAUUAUUUCAAUAAUUUUCACAAAAGUACCAAAUAUACAAGAUGACGUUCCACUUGAUAUGCAAUAUAUAAAUGAAAAAUUAAAUUAUCAAUUUUUAACAAGUAGUUCUAUGGAAUUGUCACAAAUUUCAAUUGAUUUUGUACGCUAUUUAAUAGCAAAUAAUAAUCGUAUUGCAUUCUUUAAAAGAGCAACACUUGGUGAUGUUACAUCAACAAUUGAUAUGAAUAUAUUUCCAGUUAUUAAAAGUUCAUCAACAAUAUCAAAAAAUACACUCAAAGAAUUGCAUCCAAGUAUUUCAGAUUCAUCAAAAAUUUGUCUAUAUGGUGCUAGAGAAAAAUUACUCUCAAUGUCAGCGUUUGUUGAUUUAGAAAAAAUUGUUAGUCAAAUAUGUCAAAAAAAGGUACAUGACAUAGGAGCAUUGACUAAUAAUAAAGAAACAGAAGAUAAAAUAAGAAUUUUAAAUAAAGAAUUAAAUGUAUAUCAAAAUAAACUCUAUGAUGCACUUCUUAAUGAAAAUAAUUUUUACAAAAAAUUGGAAAUUCUUCAAACAAUUGAUAUUAAUAUUAAAAAGAAAAUUGAUGAGCAUAAUUUAUUGGAAAAAAUUAAAUUAAUGGAAUUUGUUGAUAGAUUAUUGGAUUUAGAAGAGAGUAAACAAUUGGAAUUUAGUCUUCAAGGUGUAUUAUUGUCAUCAGUAUCAAAAGUAAAAGAAGCGAUAUCAUCAACUAUGGUUAAAUUAGGUGAAAUAACACAACAAAAACAUGAUGAAAUAAUGAGAAAAGAAAGAGAAGAACAUAAACAACAAAUUGGAGAUUUAAAUAAACAAAUUCAAGAAUUAAUUGAGAGAAUGAAUAAAAAAAAGAGUUUUUGGGAGCGUUUUCUUGAUUUGUUUGGUUGAUUCUCUAAAAGAAAUAAUAAAUCCAUAUAAUAAUUAAUAGUUAUCUUACACUGAGAAAAAAAAUUUAGUGUUUGCAACAAAAUUGUUUGAUUAGGCAAUUUUGGUUCUUGUAACCAAAUUUUGGUUGGCUGAAACAAAGUCGCAGAGUUAUUUCAACCAAACAUUUAGUUAGGCCAACAAAAUUAUUUGAUUGAACAUUUUUAAAUUCCAACCAAAAUUCGGUUACGACAACAAAAUAAUUUGGUUAACACAACAAAAUAGUUUGGUCUAAAAAACCAAAUGAUCGUUUGUUGUCCUAACCAAAAUUUGGUUGCGACAACCGAUCUUCAGUUUUAAAACAGAGGUUCGAUCACAGGUGGAGGAGAUGAGAUUUUUCAAAGUUCACAAAUAUUUCAAUUGGAUAAAUAUAAAUUCAAUGUUAAAUUGAUAAUAAAUAAAUAAAAAAAAAUAAAAAGAAAAGAAAUAAGGUAGAAUAAAAUUUUUAAUUUUACAAAAAAACUCUUUGUUUGAUCAACCAAACAUUUUUGUUGACCUAACAAAAAAAAUUUGGUUGAGCUAAUCAAACAAAUUUUUGUUAUGCCAACAAAAAACACUCAACCAAAUUUUUUGCUUGACUCAAACAAAUAAUUUGGUUGUUUAAAUACCAACAAAAUUUUGGUUGCUCUGACUAAACAUUUUUCUCAGUGUAAUUAAAAUUUAAUUUUGAAAUAAAAUCAUAAUUUUUUUUUUUAAAAAUAGAGCACUUAUUCAAAAAAUGUUAAUUCUUCUUAAUUAAAGGGACUCUUAACUAUA